AUGGCUUCUGCUGCUACCGAGAAGACAAGCAAGUGGGAUGCAGAGGCACACAUGGCGCUCUGCACCGCGCUGACCAAAGCGCUUCUCGAUGGCGGAGACUCGCUUGCCAGGCAUAGCGACGUGCUCAUGACAUCCAUGAAGGCCAGCGGCCAGGAUUUUACCUGGGAGGCGAUCCGGCAGGUUUUUGCUGUAUUUGUUGUUUUCGCUUCUGUCUUGCCGCGUGCACUUGUGCUGUUUGAUUUGUCCAUUGCCCCUCUGCUAUAUGCUUGUCUUCUCUCUCCUUUCAGCCACUUCUCCCUUGCCCUUUACAACAUCGACAACUGCCCAUCCCGGUUACCAGCAUCUGAACCCUUUCUAAUUUGA